AUGACGGUGGCGUUGGGUUAUGAUUCUGUAAAUAAUGAUUAUAAGGUAGUUAGGGUAGUUUCUUUGUAUUCCCAUAUGGAAGGGAAAUUUGGUUCUGGCAUGCAAGCUCAAGUGCACACAUUAGGAAUGAAUUCUUGGAGAGAAGUGGCAAUGUCACAGGGUGUUAACUUUGGGGCUAUUCAUUGGUUGGGAAUGGUUGAGAAGAACAGAAACGCAAUGCAAGUAGAACUAGUUAGUUUUGAUGUCAGCACCGAGGCGUUCAAGUUGUUUCCACUGCCAGAUUUUGCUCCAAGAGAAAUAUGGCCUAUGUGGAUUGAUGUCUAUAAGAAUUCGCAUUGUGUGGUUAAGCCUGGGGAAGGGGCAUUUUAUGAGAUAUGGGUGAUGGAGGAAUAUGGUGUUCAAGAGUCAUGGACUAGACUACAUGCUAUUCAACUCUCUUUUAAGUCACCCGCUGUGGUUUUCGGGAAUGGGGGUGAAUGGGAAGUUUGUUUUGGGAAAUCUUACAGGGCCAACUGUGUAUGA